AUGCGGUUGCCCCCGAAAAUCAAAAUUCCAGACUUUAAGAGAUAUGACGGGACCAAGGAUCUGAGGCAUCAUCUCCGCCACUACCAAAGCAAAAUGUUGCAAUACUGGGACUACGAGGAAUUCAUAAUCCAGACAUUCCAAGACAGCCUCAUGGGACCAGCACUGGAUUGGUUCAUGACGCUAAAAGCAGAGGACAUUCCAACUUGGGCGAAUCUCUCUCAGAAAUUCCUUGAUCAGUACCGCUUCUGUGCCGAGACACCCCCUACGCUCCUAGAGCUCAGUACCAUGGAGAUGAAGGAAAAUCAAGCUUUUGAAGCCUACGCAACAGAGUGGAGAGGAAAAGCGGCAAAGCAUAUCCCUCCGAUCAGUAAGAUCCAACAAGUUCAACUGUUCCAUUCCACACUAAAGGGUGUAUACUACUCGCACCUCUUAUCUCACACCUCCUCAUUCUUCGAGCUUAUUGAAGCAGGGAAGAAGCUUGAUAUGGGCAUCAAAUUGGGGAGGAUUGAAGGACCGAUCAGUAAGAAAGAAGGGGAGGCACCGAGGAAGCAAGCUGCUGGUACCUCCAGAAGGACCAAGGAUGCUACCGUUAGUGCUGUCAAUCCGGGGCAUCAACCCCCGCAGCAAUUUCCGACGAACUAUGCGCCUGCACCCUCGGCUCCUCAAGCAUAUACACGCCCCGUGCAUUAUCUUCCACCCUACCAGCCACAACAGACGCAUUAUUCGGCCCCGCCAUUCGUUAUUCAGCCGCAACUACCACAUCAACAGGCCCCAGUCCAAAGUAGAUCCCCAGCUUCGAGACCCUCCCAACCGACGUAG